AUGCCUUGUGGUAAGCGUCCUCUUGUGAAAGCAUGGGACAAACCGAAAAAAUUAAGAGUUGUAAUUCCCUCACGCUACGAACAAAAUGAAGCGUCAGUUAAACAACACUGGAAAAACGUUAUAAAAUCUCUAGAACUGAGCUACAAAGAUGAUCAGUUCUGGGAGUCUCAAAGUGAAGUGGUACGUCAACUUGUUGGUCCAGUAAUAUUCGAGAGAAUUUCAAAAAUCUUCAACUUGCCAAUGGAAAAGGUACAUUACGAACCGAAAUCUGAAACCGCUUCGAUCGUGCCAUCCGAAGAGUAUUACAAGUCGCGUUCUGGUGACGAUAUUCAAAUUCGCGACACGUAUUCUAUGGCUGACUAUGACUCGUUCAUUGACCAAGAAUCAAACGAGGUGCACGAGGAACAGUCGGAACAAUGGAGCGAUUCAUCACCCUUAACAAGUUCUGAACUAGGAAAGGUUUCACGAAUGAAAUCCUUACAAACAGCACGUUCGAAAUCAGUCAUAGCAUCAAAAACGUUCUCAAAAUCGAUAUCAUUUUCGAAAGUUUAUUCAAGGAAUACAAUAAGAUCGCAAACAAGCAAAAUGAAGAAUUACAAAUCGGAAAUAACACUGUUUGAUGAACAAGCGAACUCCGAAGACGACAUAGAAGUUCAUCCCAGCAUUAAGAGGCCAGGGCAGUACAGGAGAAAGAAAAAUCCUCAUUUUGAAAUGCUUUACUGCAACGAAUCGGAAACUGACAUGAUCAAAUGGAAUUCUAAAUAUAAACAAAGAGCAUUUGAAGUUUCCGCUUCUGAUGAAUUUAGCAAAAAGGCUGAAAUUUUGACUAAGAAAAUCUCAAAGGAAUUCUACGACUGGUGGGUAAGUUUGGGUAACGUGGAAUUCAAAUCGGAGAUCAAACGGCCAGAGGACAUUGAAGACUUAUUCCAAGUCUGGUUUGACGAGCACGCGUCCCGUGGCCUCGUUUUACAUCCCAAGAUUUUGCCGUGUGUUCUAAAAUCAAUUUCUGAAAAAGUCGGAGCACUAAAGUCGUCAUGCCCACGGGUGCUGAAGAAACAGGUCGCUUACGACAUAAAGGCAGAGACAAGUCCAGCUCACGUCAUGGCGUUUGGGACAUGUCUUCCUCAGAAGAUGAAGCAUAUACCGCCUAAGAACAAUACAAAGGCCAUUUGGCGAGGUGUCAAAAUUCCUGAAGAUCUACGCUCGAUGGCCUAUGUGUGGGAGGAUAUACAGCAUCUUACGUCCACAAAGGCUUUCCAUAAAUGGCUUCAACAGAAGCCAAAUUUGUCGAUGCCACCAUUUUUAAAAUCGCUCGACGCUUCCGGCGACAAGAAACAGUUGUUCGUUGUGCCUUCAGACUUUGUUGUGAAGGAUAAAAGCUGGGAUACAUCCGCAAACGACCUAGCUUUACCGGUGUCUCAAUUCUCGAUUGAGCUUAAAGAAGUUCUCAGCAAACUAAUGAAUCAUUAG